AAAAUAACCAGGCAAAUAUGAAAAACGUGGGUAGUGCAUUUGCUCCAGAAGAUUAAGAGAUCUAUGCACGUGUUUGAAGUAACGUGUGUUCAGCUUACUGUAUCAUUUUAAUCAUGGCACUUUAUAUAAAAGCGGCAGAGACUCUUGAGAAAGCGGAGCUGAAAAAGGGUGCAGUGAAAACUCUGGUUAAUGAGAGUAAAUUUCAAAAUAUCAAGCAGCUCUUUGCACUUGUGUGUGAGACACAGAAAUACUCAUCAGUUCUGCGGGAGAUCAUCGACAGCACCAAGCUACUGAAAGAAACAAAACUUCGGAUUCAUUUGGCUAAGGUGCUGGUGUAUGACCUGCUCAUUGGUCACAGGGUGAAAUGUGGAGGCGCCUGGAAGACGAUGAUGUUGAAGCAUCGCUCCAGACUACAAGCUGCCCUGGCAAGAAUCAAAGUCAAGAGAAAAGUCAGUCGAAAUCAAGACCUGCUCUCUUCCAGUUUCCAGCAGACUCAGGAUGUAAUUCCACGCUAUGUGCGGGUGAACACUCUGAAAACAACUCUUGAUGAUGACAUUGACUAUUUAAAAAGAGAGAGAUUUUCAUAUAAAGGAACAGCAAGUCGGCUUGAGAAUCUUGAUUGUCUUUCUGGGAAGACGUUUCUGUGUGAUCUUCAUCUCCAAGAUCUUCUGGUUUUCAGUGCAAAAACAGACUUUCACAAUCACUUCCUUUAUAAAGCAGGACACAUUAUAUUGCAGGACAAGGCCAGCUGUCUUCCUGAUUUCCUCCUAAACCCCCGAGUUGGCAGCAACGUAAUUGAUGCUUGUGCAGCUCCAGGGAACAAAACCAGCCAUAAUGAAAAAUAAAGGGAAGUUGUUUGCAUUUGAUCUUGAUGCCAAAUGUCUGUCCACCAUGAGCACUCUUCUCCUUCGUGCCGGGGUCACAUG